AUGGCAAAAGAAGACCAAUUCAUGAUGUUUCUUGCAAAAUGUGUGCUUUUAGUUAGCAUUAUUGGAAAAUAUUUAGGGAUUGGACCAAAAGAAAGAGUGUACCGCUCAAUUUUAACUAGAGCAGAUUUUAUUAAAGAUUUGAUUGAAGGACAUUUCCGUGGAUGCUAUGACCUACUACGUAUGAAUGUUGGAUGUUUCUUACAACUUGCAGAUGAGAUGAAAACAAGAGGUCUAUUAACUGAUUCAAGAACGAUCAAAGUUGAGGAACAAAUGGCCAUAUUUGUGUUUACAUUAGCUCAUAAUGAAAGGAAUAUAGUCGUACAAAAUCGUUUUCAGCAUUCAGGAGAAACCAUUAGCCGUUAUUUUAACAAGUGUUUGAAAGCUUGUCUACGACUAGGAAAAUACUAUGUCAAGCAAGCAGGAAAAGGUGUCCCGCAAGAGAUAUCGUCUAAUCCACUUUUCUAUCCUUGGUUCAAGGAUUGUAUUGGAGCUAUCGAUGGAACUCAUAUUCCUGCAUUUGUUUCUAUGGAAGAUCAACCAAGAUAUAGAAAUCGUAAAGGAGUUCUUUCUCAAAAUAUCCUUGCUGUGGUAGAUUUUGAUAUGAAUUUUCAAUACGUGCUUGCUGGUUGGGAAGGCUCUGCUUCAGAUUCUAGAGUAUUAAGAAAUGCCUUGAGAAAAUACUAUAUAGUUGAUGCAGGCUAUGCAAAUACAAAGGGAUUUUUAGCACCUUAUCGUGCAGUAAGAUAUCAUUUGAGGGAAUGGAGCCAAACACAAGCUCCACAAAAUGCUCGCGAGCUUUUUAACUUAAGACAUUCAAAACUUCGAAAUGUGGUGGAGAGGACAUUUGCUGUUUUAAAAAAAAGAUUUCCUAUAUUGACUCCUCCUCCUCCUUAUAGUAUCAAAAAACAAGGCUGGAUUGUGCUAGCAUGUUGUAUACUUCACAAUUUUAUUCGCAAGUGGAACUGGGAAGAUGCAUAUUUUGAAGNGUGGAACUGGGAAGAUGCAUAUUUUGAAGAGCACAUGGAAGAGGAAAUAGAAGAUUCCCAUAAUUUGGAUGAUAUUGAUUCAGAUUCAGAUGAUGAAGAACUUGGAUGA